GCGGAGUUUUGGCGCGCUUUCCAUCAGUUGAAGGAAACUUUCCCGCGCGUUACAUCGUGACAGUGACGUACCGAAGUUAUGAGUGUGUAACGAGGUUGCUGUUUCGAGUUCUUCUGCUGAAAUCUAAGAUCAUACAACAAUGGGUGCCCCACGAGCCUGUUUAAUCUUCAUCACCCUGCAUCUGGUCUCCUACGUGUACGCACAGGAGGUGUCCAAGCGAGUGCCGCAAGGCUUCCUUGGCAUGCGCGGCAAAAAGUACUUCGAAGAAGACGGCACCGAACAGUUCUACAAGCGAAGACCCCAAUUCUUCGUCGGCGUUAAAGGGAAAAAGAGCCUUCAUGACAUCCUCGAAACACCCGAGGCAUACUACAAGAGAGCACCAAUGGGCUUCAUGGGAAUGAGAGGCAAAAAAGACCUGAAUUUCCCCGACAUCUCAAGCACUGAGAUGCUGAAAAGAGACGGCUCUCUAAUCGGCCAGAUAGACUACUCCUCAAAUGAACCAACUACAAAUGACCCCGACUUUCCCUUACUCAACGAACUGCUGAUGCAUUACUUGUCUCAAGUCAAUCUCGGCAAAACCGAUAUGUUAUCAGACAGCAUGAUGUCCGAAGCUGACCCCGGCUCCAAUGAUAUUGAGAAACGUGCUGCUAACAUGCAUCAGUUUUACGGAGUCCGUGGUAAGAAAUCCUUGAACAACAAGCGACCUUAUGACCUGACCUUUCGAGGCAAAUUCAUCGGUGUGAGGGGCAAAAAGGACGUGAAAAACAGCGGCCCGCAUGAAAUUAAGUUUUUGGUGGACCAGAACGGACCCCUGCCUAAGAGAAAGGCUCAGAUGGGCUUCUUCGGUAUGCGAGGCAAGAAGUGGACUGAUGAGUCCAGCCUGGAAAUGGAUAUGCCAAACUAAGUGUCUUUAAAAAUUAUUGAUUAUAACAAAAACUAUUAUAUAAUAAUACACAUUAAAUGCUACCUAUUUCUUGGGAAAGACUUGCCGUUUCAACAUAUCCUAUAUGAAUUAAGAAUUAUUGCCAAUAAAUAAUGAGGCUUAUUUUAGCGUUGUUUUCACAGUUAAGAGAUUCUAGUCAGUAAAUUAUAUGUAUUGAAUUGUACCUACUUAAAUAUAUCAAAAUUAACUUUUUUGUAAAUUAUUAUUUAAGCAUAUCUUUUUAAGACAUAUUUCAUCAAUAUUUUUGCAGGCUUUAUGUAUUUCAAAUUGCGUAUUUUUAUUGCAUAUAUUACUUAUGUAUAAUAAUUUAAGUACAAAACGAUUGAAAAAUCACUUUUUAUUUUUUAAUACCUUUAUUUCUAUUUCAAGGUAAAUAAUACUUGAACUGUCGACGACUCUCUAUGUGCUUAUGUACACGAUUAUUUAUUGUUAUUAAUACUUAUAACAAAAAAUAUAAAUUAUGACAAAGGUAUAACAAGAUGUUUAUUUAACAGACAUUGUUUCUGUCUGGGUAACUUUAUAAAAGCGAACUGUUGAAAUAUGUUUUUAAAAAAGAAACUUAACUUUCCUACAUAUAGUAAAUUGUUGUAACUCUUAAUAUAACGACUAGAAACAAUUUUAUUUAUAUUUUUAUCGAUGUCGGAUCAGAAUGUAUUUCCUAAUAAUUGUUAAAACAAUAUAAAAAAUUAAAAUGAAUUAGUAGAUAGCUCGCAACGAGUAUUUUCAAUUAUAAAUAAUAAAUGUAGAUUAUAUUCGUAACUGUAAUUAAUAAUAUAUCUCUUUAAAAUAAACUUUAGGUUUAUAUUUAUAUCUAUGACCUUUAUUUUUUUCUGAAUAAGUAUAACUUUUUUUUAACACUGUCUUCACCAGAUAGGUACAUUAUUUAUUUAUUUAUUAAUACAUUUUUGGUGAGCUGAUUUCAAUGUUUAUUUUUUUAUAAUUUAUAAGUAGAUUCAAUUUAUUUCUACAGUAUUCUGGAAAUUAUAUAGGUAUUGGUAGUUUAUUAUAAAAUUGUAUUACUAUUUAUUGUUUAUGUCAAAAAAUAAUUUAAAUAAAAAUGCCUAUUAUUGUUAUUAGAUGCAGUUAACUGUUAAUUUAAUAAUUAGAAUGUUUGUAAAAAAUAAAGUACCUAUGUUUACUGUCUUCACAUUUUGUAAGGGCUGGCAAAAUGUAAAACUGUAUUAUAACAAUAGUAAAAAAUUAAUAUACGCAGUUGUCAAUUUUAA